AUGACCACUGAUGCCUUGAAUGGCGAUCAGGAUGGAAACCAUCCAUCAAAAGUCGCACCCCCAGACCCCAUUGCCAUCUGUGGUAUGUCAGUACGUCUCCCGGGAGGAUUACACACACCUCAACAACUAUGGGAUUUCUUGAUUGCCAAGGGCGAUGCCUGCGGUCCAGUACCAAGUUCCAGAUACAAUGCUUGUGCAUACCACUCCAAGACGGGAAAGCCAGUUAGUACCAAGACUCAACAUGGGUACUUCCUUGAUGAGAGCGUUGAUAUGGCUACUAUCGACACGUCAUUUUUCAGCAUGGGCAAGACAGAGCUUGAGUAUAUGGACCCCCAUCAACGGCAAAUGCUGGAAGUUGCCAGAGAGUGCAUGGAAGAUGCCGGCGAAAUCAACUGGAAAGGACGGCCAAUUGGCUGUUAUAUGGGAAGCUUUGGCGAAGACUGGAAGGAAAUGUUCGCCAAAGAAAAUCAACAGCAUGGCAUGUACCGUGUAACAGGAUAUGGAGAUUUCACUUUGGCAAAUCGUGUCUCAUUUGAGAUGGACCUGACAGGCCCAAGUAUGGUGGUUCGUACUGCUUGUUCCGCAUCUUUGGUUGCGCUCCAUGAAGCAUGCCUGGCACUAUCCAGAGGUGACUGUGAAGGAGCCAUUGUUGGCGGAGCAAACUUAAUUUUGAGCCCAGAGAUGACAAUGGCCAUGUCAGAACAAGCAGUCUUGUCACCAGAUGGCUCCUGUAAAACCUUUUCUGCCGACGCCAAUGGAUAUGCUCGUGGAGAAGCAAUUUCAGCUGUUUAUAUCAAACCCUUGGCUGAUGCCAUCCGCGAUGGAAACCCAGUACGAGCUGUCAUCCGGGCAACAUCAUCCAACAACGACGGAAGAGGACCAGGUGGAAUCAUGAUGCCUAAUGAUGUUGCUCAUGAGGCUUUGAUCAGACGCGCCUAUGAGGUGGCGGGCAUAACAGAUUUUUCCCAGACUGCAUUUUUUGAAUGUCAUGGCACAGGUACACCCGUCGGUGAUCCUAUUGAAACUAAGGCCGUUGGACGUGUUUUUGGCCCAUUCGGUGGCAUUCAGAUCGGAUCUGUCAAGCCCAACCUUGGUCAUUCCGAAGGAGCUUCAGGCCUCACAUCACUGAUCAAGUCAGUACUGGCCCUGGAGAAAUCUAUCAUUCCUCCGAACAUCAAAUUCAACAAGCCCAAUCCGGAUAUUCCGUGGGACUCUGGACUCUUGGUUCCAACAGAGCCAAUACCAUGGCCCGCAUCUCGAAGCGAAAGAAUCAGUGUGAACAGCUUUGGUAUCACCGGUACCAAUGCUCAUGUGAUUCUGGAUUCAGCUAAGAGCUUCGGCAUCUCUCCAAGGCCAAAGCGAUCAAUCACCACAUCUCAACUACUUGUUUACUCUGCCAACAGUGCUGAUUCGCUGAACAAACUAGCCGAGACUUACAGAUCUUACAUCCUAGCCAACUCAGACAGCAUUGGCGACCUAGCGUUUACAUUAGCCAAUAGAAGGGAGCACUUGCCAUAUCGUGCAUUUGCUGUGGCGAGCCCCAUUGGUACCAUCACGACCUCAGCACCCUCAAAGUCUGAAGGAACACCUAAUAUUGUUAUGGUAUUUACCGGCCAGGGUGCCCAAUGGCCACAGAUGGGUCAGUGCAUGCUCCAAAGCAAUGUUUAUCCCACCUUCAAAAUAAGUAUUCAAUCGCUUGAUGCACAUUUGCAGACGCUUCAAAAUGCUCCGGAAUGGUCAAUCGAGGAAGAGCUCCAAAAGUUGCCCGAUGCUAGCAGACUUGGCUCGGCUGAAUUAUCCCAGCCACUCUGCACAGCCAUUCAAAUUGCUUUAGUGGACACUUUAGCUUCCCUUGGAGUGCAACCUGCGGCUGUCGUAGGUCACUCCAGUGGUGAAGUGGCUGCUGCAUAUGCUGCCGGCGCUAUCACAGCGAAUGAGGCUAUUGAAAUUGCAUUCCAACGUGGCCAGGUCACGAUGCUUCAAACAAAGUCUGGGGCUAUGGCGGCCAUUGGCCUGGGAUCUGAAGAUGUCCAAGAAUUUUUGCAACCUGGUGUUGUAGUUGCCUGUGAAAAUUCUCCGAGGAGUGUUACUCUGUCUGGUGACUCCGAAGCUGUUGAAGCUGUCGUGACCAAGAUUAAAGAGGCUCAUCCCGAUAUUCUCGCAAGACAGCUGAAGGUGGACAAGGCAUACCACUCCCAUCACAUGGUUGAUAUUGGCGAGGAUUAUCAUGCCUUGAUAGAACACAGGGUCUCUGCCAAAAAUCCAACAAAGUUGUUCUUCAGCAGUGUUGAGAAGAAAGUACUCACUCAAGGCUCGAGCCUUGGCCCCCGGUACUGGCAGAAGAAUCUGGAAUCUCCGGUGCUUUUCAAACAUGCCGUUUCUUCCAUCAUCCAGCAUGAGGUUUCUAAGAACAUGGUGUUCUUAGAGAUUGGCCCUCAUUCUGCUCUCUCUGGUCCUUUGAGGCAAAUCCAAGCCCAGCUUUCCGACUCUUCUCCCUACGUCUCCGCAUUCCUUCGCCAACAGAAUGAUUUGGAAUCAUUUUUGACAGCUAUUGGAAAGCUGUAUGUACUCAAUGCCACCAUAGAUAUGAGCAAGCUCAUUGCCAGUGGCUCGACCCUGCCAGACCUCCCAAGAUACCCAUGGGACCACUCCAAGAAAUUCUGGUACGAAUCUAGGCUUAGCAAAGAUUCCCGAAAUCGAGAGCACAAGCAUCACGAUCUUUUGGGUAUUCGAGUAGUGGAGAGUCUUGAUUCUGAUGUUCUCUUCCGCAAUAUUUUCCACCUGAAGAACGCACCAUGGAUUCGGGAUCACAAGGUUGGUACGGAUAUCGUCUUUCCAUUCGCUGGAUAUGCUGGGAUGGUUGGUGAAGCCGUGCGUCAACUCACCGGAGUCAAUGAAGCAUUCAAGCUGCGCAAGGUCGUUAUCAGCACAGCUCUUGUCUUGAACGAAGGCCAGCCAGUCGAAAUUACCAGUUCUUUCCGUCGUAUUCAUUUGACGGACUCUCUUGAUAGUGAGUGGUGGGAGUUCACUAUUGCUUCCCACAACGGAACCAGUUGGACCAAGCACUGCUUCGGUGAGGCCAGCUGGUAUGGCGAAGAGGUUGGAGAAGCAGAGAGUCAUGUUUCUUUCGUACGCAAAGUUGACACAAGUCAUUGUUAUAAGUCAAUGGCUAAAUCUGGGCUCAACUUUGGCCCUGAGUUCCAACGUCUUGACAACGUCCAGGCUGACACUACAACCCAGAGAGCGGUAUCAUAUGUGGCCAGCAAAGAUAGCGAGGGCUAUUAUCUGCAUCCGACAGUGAUUGACGCCUCACUGCAGCUGCUCAGUGUUGCUGCAUCCAGAGGAUAUGCGGAUCCCGCUUCUAAGAUCAUGGUUCCUACUAACAUUGCAGAGAUGUACAUCUACCGUUGCCACGAUGAUGUUCAGAUCCGUGCUUCUGCAUCCUACACUCAAAAUGGUUCCAUUAUUGGAAGUGGGAAAUGCGUCACAAACCGCGGCAAGGUUGUGUUGCGUAGCUCUGGAAUCAGGCUAUCCGUUCUCGACGAGCAAGAAUCCAACGAAGCUGGCGACACCACUUGUCGGGCAGAAUGGGGACCAGAUAUUGAAUUUUUGGAUGCCAGUACUCUGAUAAAGCCUUUGAUUGGCCGCAGUGACUCGAUGCCUACUAUGGUAGAGCUGACUCAUUUGUGUAUGAUCCAUACGGGACGUGUCAUUGCAGGAUUGGACACCCCAAUUGAUCAUCUGCACAAUUACAGAUCAUGGAUCGAGCGCCAUCUUCAAUCUGUUGAUCUUCAGGGUCUGCAAAAUCUUGAUAACUCCAUAAUUGAGAAACGGGUCAAGGAGAUUAUUCGCAAGACGCCGCAGAGUGCGACCGAUUAUGCUUGCAUGGUGGCCGUACAGAAAGUCUUCGACAACGUUGAAAAGAUAUUCACAGGUGAAAAGGCGGCAUUGGAUAUCCUGCUUUCCGAGGAUACAUUGAAUAAUGUCUACGUCUCUAUGGAGCAAGUCGAUGAAUGUCUAUUUUUCAAGCAUUUGACUCACAGCAAGCCCAAUCUGCGUGUCCUUGAAAUUGGAGCCGGAACAGGUGGAUCGACCGUCAAAACCUUGAAGAUGUUGGCUUCUGAGAAUAGAACUCUCUAUUCAAACUACACCUUCACUGAUAUCUCGCCUGGUUUCUUCGUUGCGGCCAAGGAGCGCUUCAGCAAGUAUCCAAACAUGGAAUACAUUGCUUUAGACAUCAGCAAGGAUCCUUCCAUGCAGGGAUUGGAUGGCCGAAAGUACGACUUGAUUCUGGCUACCAACGUCAUUCAUGCCACAAGCUCUCUAAAUGACAGUUUGAGUAAUAUUCGACAGCUGCUCGACCCCAACGGCUGGUUGCUGCUUCAUGAAUUGACCCCGACCUGCAAAUGGCCCAACUAUGUCUGGGGAAUUCUGCCCGGCUGGUGGGCCGGGCAAUCUGAUAACCGAUCAGACGAGCCUUACGUUAGUCCUGAACGCUGGGCGAUUGAGCUCAAGGCCGCGGGAUUCCGCAUCCCUGAUGCUGUAGUCCCUGAUUCACCAUUUCCACAUCAGUUGAACACCAUAAUUGCGGCUAGGCCGGCAGUCGAGAUCUUGCCCCAAAAGCGUGUCACACUUUUGACUCUCUCCAGCUCAGAGAAUGUGAGCGCUAUGGCACAAAGUUUGGAAAAUCGGGGAUAUGCCGUUCACCAUUGCGGCAUGCAAGAUAUGCCAUUUCCUGUUGGUCAAGAUGUGAUCGCUCUACUUGAUGACGACGGCCCAUUCUUUGAGGACUUGGACAAUAAACGGUUUGAGUUAUUCAAAAUGCUGGUGGAUAAUUUGAAGAAAUGCGGCAUUCUCUGGGUGACUGGCCUUUUGCAGAUGCAAUGCCAGGACCCGAGGUUUGGUCAAAUCAACGGCAUUGCGAGGACAAUUCGCCAUGAAUUGCUGGCUGACUUCGCUACUUGCGAAGUCGACAAAGUUGAUGCCUCCAUUGAGAAUAUCAUUGAUGUGUUUGAGAAGUUUCAAGCCCGCCAGGAAGAUGACACUCUCAAGCCGGAGUUAGAAUACGCUGUUGUCGAAAAUACGAUCCACGUUGGACGUAUUCAUUCUUUCUCAGUGCAGGGUGAACUGCUGUUAUCGGACCCGAAUGACACGAUCGCGCUUCGUACCAGUAAGCCUGGUCGCUUGGCCGCUUUGGAAUGGACCCACCAGGAAUCUCUAGCUUUGAAGGAUGAUGACGUGGAAAUUGAAGUACAUGCAGCCGGCUUAAACUUUAAGGAUGUUCUGUGUGCGAUGGGCAUUCUCGAGUCUCCGGGAGAUGGGUUCGGCUUAGAAGGCGCCGGAAUUGUUCGACGCACUGGUCCCAAUGUUAAAGACACGAAGACCGGCGAUCGCGUCAUGUUUAUUGCACGAGGUGCAUUUGGCACGAAGGUUGUGAUUUCUGAGAAUCUUUGUGAAAUCAUUCCAGACGGCUUGAGCUUUGAGGACGCGGCUGCUAUGCCAUGCGUUUUCGCGACGUCGAUCCACUCGUUGUUCAGCGUUGGAAACUUGAAAAAGGGACAGUCCGUCAUGAUCCACAGUGCUUGUGGUGGAAUUGGUAUCUCUGCCAUCCAGCUGGCUCAGAUGGCCGGAGCCGAGAUUUACACAACCGUCGGCAACGAGGAAAAAGUCAGGUACCUUAUGGAGAGAUUUGGGAUUCCUAGGCACAGAAUAUUCAACUCUCGAAAUACCUCAUUUGUUGAGGAUGUGAUGCGAGAGACCAAUGGUGAGGGUGUCGACUUGGCUUUGAACUCCCUAUCUGGCGAGUUGCUGCAUGCAACAUGGCAAUGCAUUGCGCCAUUCGGCAAGAUGGUCGAAAUUGGCAAACGAGAUCUGGUUGGCUCUGGCAAGCUUGAUAUGAAAACGUUUGUAGACAACCGUAGCUAUUGCUGCGUCGACCUGGACCAGAUCUGCUUCACGAGGGCAAAGAUGGCAAAAGAGCUACUCAAGGAAAUUGUCAAGCUGACACGAGAGCGUCACAUCAAACCCAUUCGACCUAUCAAGGUCUUUGCAUCCGAUGCGAUUCUUGACGCCUUCCGAUACAUGCAACAGGGUGUUCACCUGGGGAAGAUUGUUGUAUCAAUGCGUGAUAAAAACGGUCAAUUGAGUCUGGGAGAAAAUAUUCAGCAGCGAAAGAAGCCCUUGCGCUUCGAUAGCUCUGGUGCGUAUCUGCUUGUCGGUGGCCUUGGCGGCUUAGGCCGUUUUAUCUCCACAUGGAUGGUAAAACACGGGGCCCGGCACCUAAUCUAUCUCUCAAGAAGUGCUGGCUCAAAUGAGAAGCACUUGGAAUUUGCCCAAGAACUUUCUAGCAUGGGCUGCCGCGCCAGUUUUGUUCAGGGCAGAGUUGACAGACUUGAGGAUGUUAACAAGGCAAUUUCACAGGCCCAAGGCCAGCUCAAGGGUAUCUUCCAAAUGUCCAUGGUGCUUGCUGACCAGAGCUUCCCACGCAUGACGAUGGAGGAGUGGAGCACUGCCGUUAAUCCCAAAGUUCAAGGAACCUGGAAUCUCCACAAUGCUUCAUUGUCCGCUGGUGCUGACCUUGAUUUUUUCGUCCUCUUCAGUUCAACUUCGGGCUUACUUGGACAACCUGGCCAGAUCAACUAUGCUGGUGCCAACAGCUUCUUGGAUGCUUUUGCCAAUUAUAGGUUGGGAUUGGGCCUGCGCGCAUGCUCUAUCCAGAUCGGCGCCGUCGAAGAGGUUGGAUAUGUCGCCGAAAACGAGUCGAUUCUGCAGAAGCUCAAAAAUUCCGGGACAGCAGACUGGACGGUUUCAUCACAAGGUCUGAUUGAAGCUAUAGAGGCAGCCGUUCAAUCUCCUUUGAACAAUUCACCACUAGGUGCUUCGAAAGGUUUAAAAGGCUUCUGUCUUGGGCCUCGCACAGACGAUACUUCAAGAAAUUCCAAAAAUCGUGCGGUCUGGAAAAAGGAUACCCGACUGGCUGUCUUCAACAAUCACGACAAUAACGGAAAGGCCUCGGGAUACCCAUCUAGCGAGGGUCUACAAUCAUUCCUUGUUGCAGCCAAGAGUGACCAGUCUUUGCUUGAGCAGCCCGAAUCCACCCGUCUUCUUGCUAAGGAGAUCGGAAAGAAAGUCUUCAGCUUCUUGCUGAAGCCGGAAGAAGACCUACAGACAUCCUGCCCUUUGUCUGAUCUUGGAAUUGAUUCCCUUGUUGCCAUUGAAGUGAGACAGUGGUGGAAAUUGACCUUUGGAUUCGAUAUCAGUGUUCUCGAGCUGUUGGGAAUGGGUAGCCUUGAUGCUCUUGGGGAGCACGCUGCUCGCGGAAUGCUUAAAGUGCUCCAUGGUGUUGAAGAGUAA